GCCCACAUUAGCUCAGUCGCCGUGAACAGCUAAUCGAUGUUCGAGCAGGCUGAACCUAAGAUUUGACACAUAUUUAAAUUAACACGAACCUGAGAAAAAACAACUGUUGUCUAUGAAUUUACCCAACGGGAUAAUUACACCACUGGGUGUUAAGUAACUGAUUCCCGAGGUACAGGAAUAUUCGAACUCGAUUUACAGAUGGAGGAGUUUAAAAACAGUGACAAAGGACGAGUAACCAUCUACACCAUCCAAGGUUGCCCGCACUGUAAGCAGGCCAAGGCCAUUCUGGCUCGAUUGGAAGUUCCGGUCUGUGUCGUUGAUCUCAAUGAGCAUCCAGAGCUACAGUUGCCGGUGAAGAAGCUGACAGGACGGGUCGCAGUGCCUCAAAUAUUCUUCAACAGCCAGUAUGUUGGGGGAAUUGAACAAUUUCAGAAACUGUCUCCAGAGGAGCUGGAAAAGUUGGUAAAGAUGGUCAAAGAGGAACCUCUCACAGGCGCCGCUCCGCCGCUACCAGAGACAAAACGGUCACAGGGUGCUUCUUUGGAGAUGGAGGACUUUAAAAACAGUGACAAGGGACGAGUAACCAUCUACACCAUCCAAGGUUGCCCGCAUUGUAAGCAGGCCAAGGCCAUUCUGGCUCGAUUGGAAGUUCCGGUCUGUGUCGUUGAUCUCAAUGAGCAUCCGGAGCUACAGUUGCCGGUGAAGAAGCUGACAGGACGGGUCACAGUUCCUCAAAUAUUCUUCAACAGCCAGUAUGUUGGGGGAAAUGAAAAACUUCAGAAACUGUCUCCAGAGGAGCUGGAAAAGUUGGUAAAGAUGGUCAGGGAGGAACCUCUUACAGGCGCUGCUCUGCCGCUACCAGAGACGAAACGGCCACAGGGUGCUUCUUUGGACACUGAUCGUGAUGAAAAACGGUUUGAGUGUGAGAAAGAUGAAAUGGCUGACAUGGUCGCUGAACUGAAAGAUGCCAAUUUGAUUGGCAAUCAGUGGAAAGGUCUGACUUUAUACAAGAAGAGCUUUUCAAAGGACCAACUGCUUGCCUGGCUGCAGAAUGUCAAGGGCAAGGACCAUUCUCAGGCCCUUACUGUCGGCCAAGGAUUGUUGCUGAAGAAAUACAUGGUCGUUGCCCGAGGGGAGUCAGAUGGCAAAUUUGAAGCAGCCAGUGGGGACACGCUGUACAGGUUGCUGGAGGAUGACCCACAUUCGGCUCUCAACGCAGGACAAACUGCGUCCUGCAGUCCUGUUAAGGCGGCUGAACUGUCGUUGCAAUUACGAGAGCUGAUUCUCAAGUUGUUCUCGGAGCAUCUUUCUGAUGAUGGCAAGUCGGUGGACUACAAAGGCAUGUCAGCAAACUCUGCAUUUGAGCGCUACACUGAACUCGCCAUUCAGCUGCAAAGGGUUGAACUCCUAUCACUCUCCCGUGAGGAGACACUUGCCUUCUUCAUCAACAUUUACAACGCUUUGGUCAUCCAUGGCUUCCUUCGCAUUGGCGCUCCCACCAACAUAUUGCAGCGAUACAGAUUCUUUAACUACGUCAGCUAUCUGAUUGGAGGAGAAGUUUACACCUUACAGGAUAUCGAGAACGGAGUGCUCAGAGGGAACAGGAAAGGCGUGGGACAGCUUCGAAGACCCUUCUCUAAAACAGACCCCCGGCUACAGGUAGCGCUCAAAGAUGCCGAACCGCUCAUUCACUUUGCCUUGAACUGUGGUGCCAAAGGUUGCCCUCCCAUCAAGACCUACACACCAGAGAACAUUGAUCAGCAGCUUCGCACGGCAGCUGAGGCUUUCUUGGAGAACGACGACGCCUGCGUGGUGGAUUCGGGGAAAAAAGAAGUCCGACUGAGUUCGAUUUUCAAGUGGUACAAGGUUGAUUUUGGAGGCACUGAUGAGAAUCUGCUGCAGUGGGUGCUGAAGCACAUGAGUGAUUCCCCCAAGAAGACCAGUUUGAAGGGAGUCCUCGGGGACAGGAAGGUCAAAGUCAGCUACCUUCCAUACGACUGGAGCUCCAACAGCAGCCAUUGAAAACAGGGCCGUGUCCUGUGCAUCUCUUUUACGUUCUGACGAUGAGCUUAGCUAUUCUUCCUCCCUUCUCUACCGUUUAUGCAAAAUUAUUAAUGGUGGGAGGGAACUGUCUGCACUUUACUAUGUAAUUGUAGGCUACUGCUCUUUUUCAGGUGUUACAAAGGCAGCACUGUUGUGCAGCACUACAAUUCAGACAACCUAAGUCUUUUAAUCCGAGACAUAUCGCCUGCAUAAUCAUUUUGAUGCAAUAACACAAACUCAGGAGUCUUGCUUAACCUAAAAUGAAUUAAUAGGCUCAUUUUUAAGAUGUCGUGUAAGCAGAGUGGAACAUUCUAACCCAGGGGUGUCCCAACGAUGCAGGGCCGACCCAGGCCAUUUGGGGGCCCUAAGCAAAAUAAUGCAAAGGGGCCCACCAUUUCGUCACAGUGUACUGUGAAACCCAUACAUGCAAGCCAACCCAUAAGUCCAUAUUUUGUAUAUUAAUCAGAUUUUUGUUCCACUGCAAACUUCAAACUUCUCACCCCAAAUGAUUGUCAGUACUUACAGUAGAUAGCGCCAAACCUUUUUCUAAAAGAGGAAAGAAAGAAGUUAAGGAAGAACUUUUAUUUCUUUAAGCUUGUAAUCAAGUAUAAAAACUCACAAAAGUCAAAUAAAGCAAACUGUAGUAAACAAAAUAGAAUAUAAACUAAACAAUUGCCAGAUUGGGGGCCCCCUAGUGGUCAGGGGCCCUAAGCAGCUGCAUAGUCUGCGUAUAGGCUGGGCCGGCCCUGCAACGAUGGCCCGCGGGGCAAAAGUGGCGUGCUGCCCAGUUUUUAUUGGCCUGCAGCAAAUUAUGAAAAUAUCAUUAAAUAUUGCACUCACAAGAAGCUUAAAUUCAGCUUACAUUCUGUUGCACUUUUCAACUUUAACACUAGAUGGAGUUAGUCACAGUGCCUCGCUAUGAGCUCAGGGGUCAAAACCUGAAAUGUUGAAAUCGAUGUAGGAAAUUGUGUAGAAUUUCAGUAUUUUGUUUUGCAUAAAUUUAUAUAAAAAUAAUCCAAUCUUGGUUAUGAUUAUUAUUUUUUGCUGUCACUGGACAUUUUCUCGUUGUUUUUCAAAAUUAGUUUCAGACAUGGUACUACAAAUAUACAGGUAGUCCCCAUGUUACGACGGACUUUACUAACGCGAUUUCGACUUUACGACGCCGGACUCUCGUCCGCCGUUUUGUCUAGUCUUUUUUUUUAGUCGCUUAAAGAGUACUUCGCAGUAUCUUAUUUUUUAUUUUACUUUAUUAAUAUGACGUGUUUUGUCCUCACUAAACGUGAAGUUGUUCAGCUUUACAGACAGCAAACUAGGCAAUUGUGCUUUUUGAAGCUUUUUACUUCAAUUUUGUCAAUUUGUAAAGCUGUAACACACAUUCGUACACUUAUGUUCAAAACGACAUGUAUUUUCACAAGAAAACACUUUGACACAAAUCAACUGGUGUUCAAACGUCCAUCUAGUCUGAUCAAUAUAUAAAUUCAGCAGAUUAGAUCAAGUCUAAUUUGCCUACCAAAUGUCCCCGAGCUUAAAUGCUAUGAAUGCUAACGUACAAAUGCAUACACAAACAUGUAUUAGCUGAAACAACUUACAGCCUGAUGUGGGCCGAACCAGAGCGCAGCUAUCCUUUAUCCAUUUCAGAUUUGUGAGUCUGCUCCUCAGUCAUACAAGGCGACAGUCCAGCCAGACCCAACACUGCCACCAGAGGGCAGUGUAUCCUCCAUCAGUAAAGAAAAUACAAUGCGUUUAAAUAGUUAUUUUGUAGGGUUACUUAAAGGGUUAAUUCUGACUUGCGCGGAAAUUCGGGUUACGUUGCCAGCGUAGGAACGGAACUCGUUCGUAACCCACGGACUACCUGUAUAUACAGUACAUAUAUAUAUACAUAUAAAUACAGUGGGGAGAACAAGUAUUUGAUACACUGCCAAUGGGAAAACCCAUUGGCAGUGUAUCAAAUACUUGUUCUCCCCACUGUGUGUGUAUAUAUAUAUAUAUAUAUAUAUAUAUAUAUAUAUAUAUACAGGGGUGCACAUAAUUUUUUUGCCCAGGUUCUCAGAGGAGGACCUGGAGAUGUGACUUGGUCCUCAUUGAGCUUGAGAGUCAACCCGCCUGAUGCGAUAAAUUUAUGACAAGCUUUACUUAGAGCCAAUUAACUUUAAUUAAUUAUAUUAACAAUUAAUGCUUGAUUAACGUCAAAUGGCACAACAAAAUUGCCAUUACUUUGAAGUGAAAUGUAAAGAAAUAAAAAGCACCAAUUCAAAAUAAAGGGCAUUAUGCGGCUCCCACAUUAACUCCAAGCCUUUUUAAAAGUGGGAUGUCCUCCUCAUAAGACCUCAUUGAACGUGCAUGUUUAGCUUUGUAAAAUGCGAGCAAAAACACGUUUGUCAGUGCAUGUCGCUGUUCAUUACCUUUAUUCCGCCACUUGUCCAUAGGGCGAGUGGGGUCCUGUUUGACAUCGAUAGUUUGCUUAAUUGCCACAUGCUCUCUGUUUUUUUCGUGGGUUUUCAAAGUUUGGAUGGCUGAAAUUCUUUGACCCUACAUAAAAUGCGCUGCUCUUAUCGGCGACAUUGGGAUUCUCACGGCACAUUUUGUACCGCAUUUCCGUGCGAGCAUCAUUUGCUUCUUGCCAUGAUACCUCCUGUAGCCACUUUUCAGCAAAAGUCCUUUUUUUCGGUAGCUCCGGUGACGUCUCUGUCGUCUGUCUGUCUUUUGACGGGGGUGGGGGAACACGGAAGUAAUUACUCAGUGUGGCCUGCCUCUUCGACAUUUUGAGAAGUUAUUUUCUCGUGUCCUCCGCAAAUACAGUGGUCAGCCAUUGGUACGCAAAAGCGUAUGGAAGCCGUUGAGGGCCAGCGCGUUUGUCUACGUCUAGUACGCAUGCGCGCAUGCGGACCACUUAUGUGCACCCCUGUAUAUAUAUGUAUAUAUAUAUAUAUGGCGGAAAACACAGACAAGACUGAAAAAGCAGUUUCUGCUCUUGCACUCCUCUUUAAAAGAAACUGCUGUAUUUUAAGCCAAAACAACUGUUGUGUUUGAUAGAACAAUAUGUCUAUAUGCUGGCAUAGUAGAUUCAUGGAGCAUUAAGCCCCCGAACUAUUUUUAACUUGUCCGUUUUACCCUGAAAACCCCCGUUUACAGACAUCGCAAAACCACUUUUGUUUCAACCCAGCCAUAAAUCAAAGGUAAUUAACUAUAUUUACUAUUCAAAAUGUCUAUCAUUUAGCUUAGAAUAAUUGAUGUCUCAUAUUUAAAAAAAAAAAAAUUCACUCACAUAUUUUAAACUUUUAAACAAAUGAUGUCACAAACAAUGAAAAAAAUGACGUCUGUAAAAAAGUCACGGAUAUCUACCUCAUAACUAUCGCUUAAUUGCAUUUUAUUUAUUUUUUUGUUACUGUCACAUUUUCUCCGAUGUUAGAUGAUAAAUAAUCAAUCCAAACAAAGAAAAAUUGAAAAAAAAAAAAAAAAAAAAAACGUUUAAAAGGGUAAAUAUAUGAAAAAGAAAAUCCCGACCACUUCUUGAUUUCUGUGCUUUUUGUAUCGCGACCCUUGUUAUACGUAUUACCAUGUUUCACCCAUAAAAUCCCCCCAAAAUCCAGCUGUGGCCAUUCACAGCUGUGUCUUGACACUCAGUGAUACAUGCUACAUGAAGUUUUUGGAUCGAAACAAGGUAAGUACGCGAUAAUAUCGCGUUAAAAUCUUGGCGUCUGUAAUUCUACUCUCGCGUGCUCUCACCUCCAGAUAGGCUUUUGCUGUUCAAAAAACAUUUUUUUUUAAAUGCCCUCCUGUUCAAAAUUUUUCUUCCCCCAGAAAAUUGACAUUUUAAGCUUUCCAACAUGCAAAUCGAACAAUUUUGAAAGUUGGCCAAAUUUGGGCUCUCAGAGCGGAACUUCAAGUCACCUGAGUGUUUUCCGCCAUACCUAUAUAAAUAUAUAUAUAUGCCAUACUUAUAUAAAUACACUGUAUAUAUGGCGUACACUGUAUAUAUGGCAUUAAAAAAAACAAAAAAAAAAACAGCCAAACCCUAACUGGAGGUGAGAACAUGAGAGAGCAGAAUUAAAGAUGCCAUAAUUUUAAUGAGAUCGCGUACUUACCUCUUUUCGAUCCAAAAACUUCAUGUAGCCUGUAUCACAGAGUAUCAAGACACAGCUGUGAAUGGCCGGACGGAUUUUGGGGGGGAUUUUAUGGGUGAAACAUGAUAAUAUAACUAGGGUCGCGCUGCAGAAAUUGCAGUCAUCAAGGGGUGGUUGAGAUUUUCUUUUUCAUAUGUUUACCCUUUUAAACUUUUUUUUUUCUUCAUUUUUUUCAUUGUUUGGAUCGAUAAUCAUCUAAAAUAUUAGGGAAAAUGGGACAGUAACAAAAAAAAAAAAAUACAAUUAAGCAAUCGUUAUGAGGUAGAUAUUCGUGACUUAUUUACAGACCUUUUUUUUUAUUAUGACGUAAUUUGUUUAAAAUAUGCGAGUGAAUAAUUUUUUAAAAGUUUUUUCUUUUAAAAACUAAAUAUUAGCUAAAUAUUAGACAUCAAUUAAUGAGUCUAAGCUAACAAUUACAGACAUUUCGAAUAGUAAAUAUAAUUAAUUGCUUUCGUUUAUUGGCUGGGUUGUAACACACGUUUGCGUGACGUCUGUAAAUGGGGGUUUCCAGGGUAAAACGGAAAAAUUAAAAAAUAGUUCGGGGGCUUAAUGCGCCAUGAAUCUGCUAUGGCAGCACAUUGACAUUGUUCUAUCAAACACAACAGUUGUUUUGGCUUAAAAUACGGCAGUUUUUUUUUUUAAAGAGGAGUGCAAGAGCAGAAAAUGCUUUUUCAAUCCUGUCUGUUUUCCGCCAUAUGUUUUCAAAACCUCAAAUCUUUUAUGGACCCCCGUUCGAACCACUUAAAUGCAUUUAGUGGCAAAUUAGCCGUAGUUUAACACAAAGGAAUACUUAAGGUCUAAUUUGUAAAGCUUUUGAAAGGUGGUGCUUUUUUUUUUUUUAAAAGGAGUGAGCCAGCAAGCACACGUAGGGGCACUUGCUGUACAUGCCCGAAUAUUGGUCGUCAUAAAAGAUUUAUCAACACUUCAAUCAUUCUGCAUGUUUACCUGAAUUAUUCUUAAAACCGCAAUGUACACACAAAGCAACGUGGCGAAUGUGUCGCUGCUGUUCCACCAGUUUUUAGAAAAUCCACUUGUAAUCUUUGAUGAGUCUAUGUUCCUUGUGAGAUGUGUCCAUUACAAAUUCUCAUUCACAAAUAAGCCAAAGUUUCCAGUUAUAGCACUUCACAGAUAGAUGCACUAAAAUAUUUGUUUGCUUUCAUCGUUUUCACCCAGUGUAUAUUCGUGUUCGCGCGACGAGUCCUGUUUUUGUGUUUUACAACUGAAAAUUUCCCCAAAGCAAUAGUAAAAGUAGCAUGUUAAAUUUCAACUGCAUGUAGGAAUUCUGCCUAAAAUCUUGAAUGCACUGCCUGGCUCUUGGCUUGUCUAUUUCUCUCAAUAAAGCAGGGUGAAUGGAUUUUAGUCCUGCAUAGAGAUGUUUACUACUCUUAAUUUACCGUAAUUUUCGGACUAUAAGUCCUUCAUUUUGAAUCCUGCGGUUUAUAGUCCAAUGUGGCUUAUUUGUUGAUUUAUUUGGGUUAAUGGCUAACAAUUUGACAGCGGCGUCAUGACUGUCUUAUGACAGGCUUAUAACACCACUGUCAAAUAAAGUGUUACUAAAUACCAUAACUAGCUAUUACAGAAACAACUGGAGCAGUAACUGAAGAAAUAACACAUAUCAUGAAUUUUUAGUUAUAUCUGAAGCGCUGCAAUGCAUGUUAAGAGGCAUGUUGGACGACAACAGCAUUGACAGCGGAGGUUGACUGUCUCCCCCAAGGCAGCAGUGAUGGCCAAAUGAAGCCUCAUGGUGGUUAAUUUGGUCUUAUAACAGUCUUAUGAUGCUGCUGCCAAAUAUAGUGUUACCGAUUAAUAUCUUUUGGUGUAAAUAUCCCAUGAUACAGUGAGGACAGCUGCGCCUUAUAGUCCAGUGCGGCUUAUCUAUGAACAAAUGCCAUUUUUGUAUCAAAUUUGGUGGGUGGUGGCUUAUAGUCCAAAAAUUACGGUACUAAUUUAUGAUAUUGCAUUGACUUGUAGUUGACAGGGUUGUUUAUAUAAAGACCCCUGUACAUUUUCUACAACUGGUAUCAGGAUGUGAUGCAAAAAAAAAAAAAGUUUUAAACAUUUCUGAAACUACAAAAGCAAUGUUUGUAAUAUGCAUCGCUUAAAUGAAAUAAACACUGAAUCAACUGCAGUUUUUCAUUUGUUUAAUGAAACAGAUUUUAGCCAUUUUAUGUAACAAAAAUAGUUGGGUGUUAUACCAAACAAAUAAUUUUUUUUUUUUUUUUUUUACAUUUGUACACAUAAAUAACCUAGUCUCAUACAUAAAAAUACUCAACAUAUCAAAGAAUUGUACACAACUGAAAGUACUCAUUUCAUUUUAAGUGUAAAUUUCCUAUGUAAAUUAAUACUGAGGAGAACUGGGCAGACUUUUAUCAUUUCAUACAUUUUGGUGAUUAAGUAGUUCCAUUAUUUUCGUGUAAACUUAAUCACAAAGAGGAAGAUCUUGAAAAUGCAAAUUUCAAUCAGAUAUUCCUCAAAGACUUGAUUGGCACUCUCUGCUUGAGAGUAACGCUUUUGGAAGACUGCCUGAGGAAAAAGAUUUACUGUCCUAAACUAUAAACAAAUUUAUAUAAAUUAAGACAUUUUAGGUCUAGUUCAGAAAUGAUACAAGCUAUAGUUGUGAUGAAAGACAAGCGCUGAGAAACAGUUUGUUCAUAAGUGUCCAAAAGAUUAAAAAAGAACAAACAAAAAAACAGGUCAGUGUACAUUACACUUCAGUUGCAGUCCCUCUUAUAUCCUAACUAAAGCAAACUAACUGAUAUACUGUACAUGUUUUUUGGUCAAACAAGAUUUCGAUAAGGCGUGUUAACUUUCGUCAUCAGAGUCGAACCCAAAUAAAGGGGAGCAAGUGUUGAGAGCUUUGUGUUCUUGAAGUUCUUGAACGCUGCUGAAAGAGGAAAGACACUUUUCGCAUCGAUAUCUGAUCUUCUGUUCAUGUUUAUAUUUGCCGUAGUAUGCCUCUUUCUUCGGCGUAUGAUCCUUCUGGGCGACAAAACUACAAGACUGAGUUGGCACGUGAUCUUCCUCAUCCUUGGUUCUCCUCUUACGCAUGGACAGCUGAGACUCGUCCAUGUAGAUGGAGGGCGGCACCCUGGAAAAGGCCAUUUUGUUGAAAGGCGCGUAGGAAAACUCUUGAGGGUUGAAGCUCUUAUGCUCGGAGAUGACAGGCUCCCCCAAUGGGUGGACGCACUCGGAAAGCGUCGCGACGCGUUCCAAGUUCUUGACGUUCAAAGGGUUUUUUGGCGUCUUUUGGGGGAGGAUUUUUAUUUUUUUUUUCUGAGGGGCUUCCUUCGUGACGGGCGUCGCGCUUCCCGUCGAUACGUUGCUUUGCUCCGCUUCCUCCACCCCGUUGACGUGCUGCUGAGUGAGCUCUGUGGUCGUUAAACAAUCCGCAGGUUUCUCAACACUCAAUUGUUCCUGUUUUACUUGCUCGCUCUUCUGCCAGAUCUCUUCCACUUUGAUCCUCUGCUUCCACGGAGCUUCGCCGCUCAGCGUCUUCUGCUGCUCAUCCCUCUGAGGAACCGGGAUGUAGUGUCUCCACUCGUGGUCGAAGAGGCUCAUUAGGUUAGAGAACUGCUUUUCGCAGUUGGCGAAAGCGCAAGUGGGACUGAAAGGGUUGUGGGUGGCUAUGUGCUCUUUCAGUUCAUGCACGGUGAGGAAGCGCCGGUCGCAGCUCGCAUGGUAGCAGAAGUGAGGUGGGAAGGGGUCGUGGCGCCGGAUGUGCUCCUUGUAAUAUUGGAGGAAUUGAAGGUUGCUGUUGGAAAGGAAAGCAAAACAAUGGUAAUUAGAAAAGGCUAUUUAUUUUCCCUUUUAAUUUAGGGACAUUGUCGGGUCAAUUGAUGGCGCUAGACGUCCAGUUCAUUUAAACUUGGAGGGGUGAAUGAACUAACGAUUAAUCGAUUAACUCGAGUAUUCGACUAGAAAAUAAUCCUCGAAUUAAAUUUUGUUGCUUCGAGUAUUCGUUUCAUUAAAGUGGCGUUGUAAUGGUUUAUUUUGAAAGUGUUUGCAUUUAGUUUUAUUGAUUAGGGUGGAUACACUGCGCUCUGGUCUGCCUCAUUUCACAUGGCUGAAUCCAACUGCUCCCUGUUAAGACCAAGGUAAAGUUGUUUUUGUUUAACCCUUUAACACCGAACGUGUCGGCAGUGACGCGUUUACGCAUAUCGUCUUUGAAGCUUCGUCACGCUGUAAUUACAUCACCCACGUGCCGCUGGUUGGUCUCAUUUGAAAGUGCGGAAGUUGAUGUCCACACCAGUUUUUAUUUGAAGUCAUUCGACCAAGAAAAACGGAAGAUAAUGUCAUUUGAGUUUUAUAGUUUUAUAGCACUCAUCAAUAUGCAUUAAAACGCUGCAUGGACAAUGUAUCUAUCUCCAUAUUUCCAUCAUUUCUUGUUCUUUUUCAAAACCGAAAGCAGCACAAAAGACUAUAUAUCCCAAGAGCCGUUGUGAUGUCAAGAAGGACGAACCGAAUGUGAUCAUUUUUAAUAAAUUUCCGAACAAGGCGCUAACUAAUGAAAGGGAGGCAUGCGAAGCAAACAGCGGCCGGUUGGUUUGAGCGAGCAACUUUGAAACGUGCAGAAUGAAUCUAAAACUACAUUUAGCGCAAGCUAAUGCAUUAUUUCAUUAACUCAAGGAAGAAGAUGAGCCGUAUUUGUCGUUGUUUUCUUUGGAUGAGUUGGCGUCUCAGCGAGUAGAAGUGACAGGAGCGCGCAAACGGCGAAAGAGACUGAGUAGGCUGUGUGACGUUGUGUGUGACGCAGCUCCUUGACCUGUUCAAGAAGCAGCUUUAUUGAGUGCGCAAAAAAAAAAAAAAAACUAUUGGGUCGCAUGCCUGAAAAAUUUGAAUUGAACUGAACUACUUGUCAAUAUUUUUUACUUUUUUUUUUCAAUGUUAUAUUUUUUCUUCACAAUAAUCUUUUCAAUUUUUAUGUAGAUGUGUGUUCGAGAAGCUUGAUUGCAUGUACGUCUAUACUUUUGAUAAGGUGAUGGGUACAACACCUAACUUCACAAAGAGAUAUCCUCCAAACCCUUUUUGUAUUAGAUGAUAUAUAUAAUUUUUUUUCUCACUAUUUUGCACUGUAUAUAACCUGUUUUGACCAUAGUAUGUAUAAAGGCCAAAAACGCCUAUGGCCAUACCUGCUGUUUGUGUUAAAUUGUCAAACAAAAAAACUAUUCAAUCUUAUUUUUUUCCACUGAAUGUUUAUCCUAACAAGUUGAAUAAAUAUUAUCAAGCUUCAAAACGGUUGGUCGAGCAUGUUUGGUUGUCAAUGGGACAUCAACAUUAUAAAUUUUGAAAACAUAUUUUGGAAUUUUUUUGUCUUUUGGGGUCCAAAAUGUGGAUUAUAAUGGGUCAGUGAAGAAAACAACAGUUUGGACAUGAAGUUCAAGGUGUCCUGAAAAAAGGGACCCAACUUGGCCAAUGUAAACAAUUAUUUCUUUGAAAUAUAAAGGCAACAUCAAAUGCAUGCAAAUUCGGCCAAAAUAGGCUUAGGUGUUAAAGGGUUAAGCUAAUGUUUUUAAAUGCAUUAGUAAUUUAGUUUAUAGGUAUAUUUAGCGUUUUUUUUUGUUCAAAUAUGUGUCCGAACCAUUUGUUAAGAGCAUUAUAAAAAAAAACCAAAACAAAACAAACAAAAAAAAACAUAGCAUUUUAUAGCAUUUAAGCGGCCUUUUGCUAUGUAAGUUAGCCAAUUGUUCUUUUGUUGUACAUAGAUCCUCUCUCUCUUUUUUUUUUUUUUUUUUAAUCUGAAUAGUAUAAAACAUGUAGAGGCAGUCCUAUGUUCAGGCAGUGCAAAUAAUUGAAGUGAAGUAGCAGCAGUUGACAGUUAAUAAUAAUAAUAAUAAUACAUUUUAUUUGAAGGGGCCUUUCUGGCACUCAAGGUCGCCGUACAAUCAUUAAAAAAAUUUAAACAUAUUAAAAGUGAGACAAUUAAAGUAUAGAAAGUUUAGGGAAAUUUAAAAUACUAAAAGACAUAUAAGGGCAGUUACAGGUAGAGUUGGGUGUCGUCGGCAUAGCAGUGAAAGUGGAUGUUGAAUUUACGAAAAUAUUGCCAAGGGGAAGUAGGUAUAUGAUGAAGAGUAGAGGCCCCAGGACAGAGCCCUGAGGCACAUUGGAGGUAACAGGGCAGGGUGUAGAUUCAAAAGACUUUAGUUGGAUAUAUUGGCUGCUCUCAGAAAAGUAGGAUGAAAACCAGUACAACGGGGUGCGGGUGAUGCCAAUAGUGGAAAGUCGGUAGAGGAGUGUGGUGUGACUAAUUGUAUCAAAGGCUGCAGAUAGAUCUAGGAGGAUGAGGAUGGAGAGCAGUCCAGAAUCAGCUGCCAUGAGGAGGUCGUUGGUUAUUUUAACGAGUGCUGUUUCAGUGCUGUGUAGUGGGCGAAAACCAGAUUGAAACUGUUUAUAAAGGUUAUUCUAGGAUAGGUGAGAGUGGGGUUGGGAGGCGACUGUUCUUUCGAGGAUUUUGGAGAUGAAAGGGAGGUUGAAGGCAUUAGUUAAGGCAUUGAAUAGUUGAGGCAUUGAAUAUUACAGAUUAAUAUUGCACUUA